ACUGUACGUUUUAUGGGAUCUGUUUGUUUUACUUAUUUGUUUUUCAUUUACUCCGCUGUAUUCACAUCUGUUUAUUUCACUGUUAGUGACAGGAUUAGUUGCUUUUCUGAUUUUAUAUAGAAAACAUACUAUGAGUUUAUAAAAUACAAUAUAUCCAACAGUAUGGACAAUCAAAUCAGCUCCACAUUAAAACUAUAAAUAAACUCACACAUUAAUGUCCAAGUAUUAAUAAACAUAAUCAUAUAAUACACAAUUCUACAAACUGUGGCGCUGCAAUUAUACAGUUAGCUUAGCGCUUUGACUGAAAACUGGGGUAAAAAUAAUAAUACAGGUCUUGUCCAAAGGUAGCAAGGCCAAGUUACACAUGAAAUCCACAUAAAGAUCACUUUUUAAUAAUUUACACCUUUUUAAAGCUAUAACACAGAAUAAAGUAAAAAAUAUGUUACCGUUGCAGCCGGACUACUUCUUGGCGGGGAGCAACACAUUGUGAAGACGGACUUGUUACCUAGCAACCUGCCCGGGCCAUUAAACCACAAUUAGAGAUUUGGUCAGACUUGUGAGUUUUGAGGUGUUGGUAAGUUAAUUUUACAAUUUUCUAACACUGGCUGCAACUGUCUUCCUGUUUGCAGUCUUCAGAGAGAGCUAAAUUUAUGAGCGGUUUGCUAGGCUACACUUUUAGCUUCAUUUUCUAGAUAGCUUUACCAACUGAGUGCUAGUUAGGCACGUCAGCAUAACUGUCGAAGAGAAAGUGAAUGAAAUUGUGAAAUGAUUCCCUGAAGUUUGCUAAUCCAUUUGGCUAAUGCACAAAUUUCAGUAUGCACCAACAAAGAGCUAACUGAUUAUUAUUAUUUUUAUUAUUAUUAUGAUUAGUUUAAUUACGUUUACUUUACCUUUUUCAACACAGAGCAAAAAAAAAAAAAAAAUCCACGAAACGCGUUCAAAUGAGGUAAAUCAUUUUUUAAAGAGUAAUUUGAUGCCUCUGCGUGUGUCCUCGGGAUCCCGGGCGGUUGUGUUUGAGAGGAGGGAGGAGAGAGAGAGGCAGGCAGACACACAGCGACCACAGCAGCAGCAGCAGCAGCAACAACAUGAGCAGAAAACACCACAGCGAGCGGACCUGACCACGUUGACGCUGCGCUCCUGUGCGCACGGUGCGGACGCCACGAUUACCACGGCCGAGCAGCCCACACCCCGAUCACGUCGAUCCAGCUUCGGAAGCAACAAGUGGGAUCCGUGUCUUCUGAGCUUCAACACGCUGAUCAGACAUGGUGGACACCCAGCAGCUCCUAGCGUGGCCUGUUGGAUUCAGUCUGAACACAGUGGACCUGCCAGAGCUGGACGACAGCUCCCACUCCCUCGACAUGAAACAUUUGUCCACGUUAGACUACGCCUCCAUUUCCUCCUCCUCCAUCCCUUCCUCCCUGUCUCCCCCACUUGUGUCCUCCAUCUCUUCCGCUGGUAUGGCCUAUGACAUCAGCCCGCCACAGAGGGAAGAACACCUGACCAACAUGGACUACACAAACAUGCAUAGCUACAGGACAGACCUGGACACACACAAUUCAAUCAAGCUGGAGCCGGAGUCGCCUCCACAGUACUCCGACAGUCCUGUGUUCUCCAAGCUCCAGGACGAUGCGUCGGCAGCAGCACUGAACAUCGAGUGCCGCGUGUGUGGAGACAAAGCCUCAGGGUUUCACUAUGGCGUCCAUGCCUGUGAGGGAUGUAAGGGUUUCUUCAGGCGCACAAUCAGGUUAAAGUUGGUGUACGAUCACUGCGAUCUCCACUGUCGCAUUCACAAGAAGUCCCGCAACAAAUGCCAAUACUGUCGCUUCCAGAAGUGCCUCAACGUCGGCAUGUCACACAACGCCAUUCGCUUUGGCCGAAUGCCCCAAGCAGAGAAGGAGAAACUGCUGGCGGAGUUUUCAUCUGACAUGGAGCACAUGCACCCAGAGGCAGCAGAUCUGAGGGCUCUGGCUCGGCAUCUGUACGAGGCCUAUCUGAAAUACUUCCCCCUCACCAAGGCCAAGGCCAGGGCCAUCCUCUCUGGGAAGACCGGAGACAACAUGCCGUUCGUCAUCCAUGACAUGAAGUCUCUGAUGGAAGGAGAGCAGUUCAUUAAUUGCAGGCAAAUUCCCAUGUUGGACCACCAGCAGCAGAUGUCCUCCAUCACAACUGGACACGGAGUUUCAGGGAUCGGCGGAGGUCACCCAGGUUCGGACUGUGGUGUUCUGGGAAUGACGAGCCUCGUCGGACAGGCACCAACAGACACCGUGGAGCUGCGCUUCUUCCAAAGCUGCCAGUCGCGUUCAGCGGAAGGAGUGAGGGAAGUGACGGAGUUCGCCAAGAGUAUCCCCGGAUUCGUCGACCUCGAUCUCAAUGAUCAGGUAACUUUGCUGAAGUACGGUGUGAUUGAGGUCCUGAUCAUCAUGAUGGCACCUCUGAUGAACAAAGACGGGACCCUGAUCUCCUAUGGACAGAUUUUUAUGACGCGGGAGUUUAUCAAGAGCCUCAGGAAACCUUUCUGUCAAAUGAUGGAACCAAAGUUUGAGUUCUCCGUCAAGUUUAACACGCUGGAGCUGGACGACAGCGACAUGGCGUUGUUUCUGGCUGUUAUCAUCCUCAGUGGAGACCGUCCGGGCCUGCUGAACGUGAAGCCCAUCGAGAAGCUCCAGGAGACGGUGCUUCACUCUCUGGAGCUGCAGCUGAAACUUAACCACCCAGACUCUCUGCAGCUGUUCGCCAAGCUGCUCCAGAAGAUGACGGACCUGCGUCAGAUAGUCACCAAUCACGUCCACCUCAUCCAGCUGCUGAAGAAGACCGAGGUGGACAUGUGCUUACACCCACUGCUGCAGGAGAUCAUGAAGGACUUGUAUUAGAAAUCCACCGGAGCAGAGGACGAGUACAGAAAAGUGCGAAGAAGUGUAAAAGAAAGAUCAAAUGAAGCGAUUUUUUUGAAAAUGAAAUCAUGAGUUGUGAUUAAGCGAUGACUGAAAUUAAGAAAGUGAUGGGGAAGAACGAGAAAAGAGAAAUCAAGUGAAAAAAAAUAGAGAUUGUGAGUGUUCGAUCUUGUCUAGACAGGGUGACAACUUGUGGUGAAUAACAGUCAUUUAUCCUCUGCUGAGCCUGGACAUUGUGUUAUGAGUAGACUGCCAAUGCAAAUAUGAAACUGCCACCUAUUGCACCAAACACGAAGAGCAUCUAUGACUAGCAGAAAGAGCGGGGACUUUCUUAUUGACAUGCUUCUUCAUGUGCCUUAAGGAGACAUGCAUCACUGUGAAUAUCUUACACCAAGUCCGACACAGUGGAAUAUGCGUUUUUCAUGUGCAGCUUAUCUACACGUUGCGUUACAACUAUCAUAGGCAGCAGCAGCAGUGUGUACGUGCUUCAGUACCUCCGCGAACACGCACAAAUGCUUGAAUGCUCACACGCAAAACUAUUCACGGAUAGUCAUUUUCUGUUUUGGCAUCUGGGUGAAGGUGCUAUCUCUUUUUAAUCAGCUUUAUCCAAAAACAGAUUGACAUCUGAUUAUUGUCUGUAACAUAUUUUAGUCUCUGACAUUUGCAGAAAAAAAAAACUGUGAGAAAGAGUGGACCCAACAAGAGGCACACUGAAAACCCUAUAUGCCAUGUUGUGCCUUUAAGAUUUGAUUUUUUUUUUGUUUGUUUUGUUUAGUUUUUCUGUUUGUGGAAUGAAUGCUCUGUUAAAAACAUGAUAUAUAUUCAUGUAUUUUAUGUAUGGAUGAAAUUAUUGAAUGCAAUUGGCUUUCAAGCCUUAGUUGUGUUAUUUCUAAUUCUGUAAAACCUGUUGAGCUAUAAUUUUUACUAUGAAAUUAUUUUGUAUCUAUGGAAACGGUCUUCUCUGUCUGAUCCAUCAGAUGUUGUUGCUGUGGGUGGGUGGGGGUGGGCGAGGGGGGCUC